GGCUGGCACUCGUGGUGUUCUUGAUUACUCACCUGGCACCCCUGAUGUUCUCAAUUGUACCCACCUGUGUCUUCUUCUGUCAUCGGUACUGUUUCAUUCCAUUCCUAUGACAUCUCUAUGAUGGAAGAUCGAAGAAGUGUUGUUCAAGACGCCUUAUCCCUUGUCCUUCAUGGAUCGAUACUGCUUGAUGACGACAUCGAGCUUGCUUUCCUGCAGGUGGCGCGUGACUAUGAGACGACCCGUGUCAAGUGGCUGCAUGCGGAGAUGGAGCUGAAGAAGUGCAGGGAGAUGCUGGCCAAGUCCGACCUGCUCCGCUCUGCUUUGGAGGUCCAGCUCAAACACGCCCGCAACCAGGUGGACGUGGAGAUGGGGAAACGCCUCAAGGCAGAGGCCGACAAUGGCUUCCUGGUGCGGCAGAUGAAAUCGAUAUGCGAUAUACUCAUCAGUGACAGUAAGACAAGCUCAUGUCUUAGUGAAGAACAGAGGUCCAUGCUUGCGGAGAUCAAUCAUAAAGGAUUCUUCAUUCCACAGAAGCAGGAGAGACGCGCGUUGACGUGCAUCGAUGAGUCCUCUUUCUACUCGCAUUCCGACAUCAGUUAUGAUCGAACUGAUGAUGAUCUGGAUUUGGACACUGCUAUGCUGAAACCCCUCAAGUCUAGAGCAAAGGAGAAAAGGAGGUCCUCCAUGGGGACCAACGCCCGGCCUCCAAGAAGACGAAGCCGACGCAGUGGGCGGUCUGGGGACUUGCUGGCAGUGAGGCCAAUAGAAAAAAUUCAGGAAGAGACCACUGUGGUGCGGGCGUCAGUUAGCACACCAGAGAAUGUCAGUUCAAUCCAAAUCCAAAUUGACAUUGCUCAGGAGCAUGUGGACAAGGCACCUCUGGCUCAUGUCUAUGAGAGAUUCCCAUCUGUUUCAGAUCAAACCUCUGUGUGGACUUCUAACAGUGAGUCCAAAGUUGAGGGAACAACUGGGUGGACUCCUAACUCUGCGUCCAACGGUGAGGGAACAACUGUGUGGACUCCUAACGGUGAGGGAACUACUGUGUGGACUCCUGAUGGUGAGGAAACUACUGUCUGGACUCCUGAUGGUGAGUCCAAAAUGGAGAGAUCAGCUGUUGCCAACAUGGAGGUGACAUCCACGGAACCCAAUCUGCAGCCAGAGGUUCCGAGCCCCGCCGAGGCCAGAACUCGGCGUCACGUCUUUUUGUCCAAAACGGUUAUCAGACCUGAGACAUGCGUGCCGUGUGGAAAGCGAAUCCGUUUUGGCAGGAUGCACUUGAAGUGUCAGGACUGCCGCAUCGCAACGCACCCAGAGUGCAAACUCAAGUGCACUGCACCAUGCUCUCCAGGUGCUAAUGGAGCCCCUUACCCCGAGGAUGCAACUUUGGAGAGCUUUGCACCUUCCACCCAUCCACGAAUCCCCUUAAUCAUUACGCAGUGUGUGAAUGAGAUUGAAAAAAGAGGACUUCGGGAGAGGGGUAUUUACCGCGUGCCAGGUGCGGAGCGUAUGGUGAAGGAGCUGAAGGAGAGCUACUUGGCUGGCAAAGGCCCCCUCCAGCUCAGCAAGGUGGCAGACGUACACGUCAUCUGUGGACUCCUCAAAGACUUCCUGAGGAAACUCAAAGAGCCUCUGCUCACGUUUCGGCUACACGAGAAGUUCAUGGAGGCCAGUGAGAUCGCAGAGGAAGACAAAAGCAAUGCGGUGAUGCGUGACAUCAUAGAAGUACUUCCUAUAGCCAACAGGAACACACUGGCCUUCCUCAUGCUGCACCUGCAAAGGGUAAUACAGAGUCCCCUGUGUCAGAUGGACCUGACUAACCUGGCCAGGGUGUUUGGUCCCACUAUAGUGGGCCACAGCAUGCCAGAGCCAACACCCAUGACCAUUAUGAAGGACAUCACCACGCAACCCAAGGUCAUGACGAGACUGCUGUCCUUCAAGGCUGAGUACUGGAAUGGCCUCCUAAAGACUGAGGCUAGGGUUAACUCCACCCCGACUAACUCAAAAGAUAAAAAUUCUUCGCCACAUGUGACACCUGGCACUUCUGGAAAGACUCAAAGCACCAGUUCCCUGAAAGGGAAAAUAUGGAAUUUUGGCAACAACACCAAUAACACAAGCAAGCCUGAACCGAAGAGGAAUCGUUUUUUUACAUCUCCUACAAUGAAAAAUUAAUAAAAUAUCUAGAAUUGUUUUUUUAUGGUUUUAAAAAGAUGUUAAAUAAAGAUAAUGUAUUAAUUAAGAACAACA